AUGCGGUGGCCGAUAGCGUUGGUGCUCUCGCUUGUGGCGAUGGUGUCGGUGGAAGCCAGUGCCGGCGACAAUCUCGACGAAAUGGAUUUUUGCAAGGGCCAGUGCUGGCACAUGGCGUGUGCUCAUUACGACUACCGUGACGACCAUCCCGAAUGGCCUUAUACAGCGCACUGGAGCUUCACCGAAGAGCCGCUACCUCGCUAUCUCCAGUUGCUUGGGUGGGAUUGUGAAGCCAAUUGUGACUACGAGUGCCAGCGGAUCAUCACCGCCGAACGCAGGGCGGAAAAUCUUGAAGUGUUGCAAUUCCACGGCAAGUGGCCCUUCUUGAGAGUGUUCGGGUGUCAAGAACUUGCUCUGGUGGUAUUCUCCGUGGGUAAUUUCAUUGUCCAAUUCCUCGGGCUCUACCAAAUCAUUAACGCCAUCAAAAAGUACCCGACUCCGUGGAUCUAUUACUGUGACGUCAUGGGGGUAGCAUUAGUAUCGAUGGCAGCAUGGGCUUUCUCCACCAUUUUCCACAUUCGAGACACUGAACAAACAGAGAAACUCGAUUACUACUUUGCCGGUCUCACCGUGUUGUCGCUGGCUCAUGCCAUUGGUGCUCGCUUCUGGCGCCUUUACCGUCCGCAAAACCGUCUCGGUCGCUGGAUAUGGUUGGGGGUCUGUGUUGCUGCCUAUGCUAAUCAUAUACAUCGCUUGGAAACCGAUUGGUCCUACACCUACAACAUGCAAGCCAACAUUGCUGUGGGCAUCAUUCAGAAUGUGUUGUUGAUUCUUCUCUUGUACCAAAUCUACUCUGAAUACUAUGAAAAGGAGCAAGUCGACAAGAAACCCAGCAAAAAUCAUCUUAAAUAUUUGGGAGAUCGACCGACGAUCUUGGGAAGUUUCUACACAUACCUGGCAAAAUUAUACUCAAUCUACCCGGGGCUCCUAGCAGCGAUUGUGGCUUUUGGCAUAUUAUUUGAAGUGUUCGACUUCUCGCCGAUUUUCUACGACCUCAUUGAUGCACAUGCCUUGUGGCACUUGAUCACAAUUAUUCCAGUGUGGUGUGGUUGGUACAACUGGAUGAUCUGGGACAUUAAUGAAAACGUGUGGCCCGAUGUCCAGGCUCAACUAGCGAAGAAGACUCAAUAA